AGGCCGCGCAUGCGCAGCAGCUAUUAAGCCUGACAGCCGAACCAGUGCAGCAUUCCCGUUUCCAAACGCACAGGAGCGCCGUUUUUUCCAUCGCGCUGCCCCAUCCAGACAUUUACACCGGUGGGAACACGCUGUUAAAAAACAAGCCCUCAAACAUGUCUGUGGGAAAUGACUUUGGUAACCCUUUAAGGAAAUUCAAACUCGUCUUUCUUGGAGAGCAAAGCGUGGGGAAGACUUCCCUGAUCACACGCUUCAUGUACGACAGCUUUGACAACACAUAUCAGGCGACAAUUGGAAUCGACUUCCUGUCAAAAACCAUGUAUUUGGAGGACAGAACGUUGGGGAUCUCUGACUUGCAGGUUCGGUUGCAGUUGUGGGACACGGCAGGCCAGGAACGUUUUAGGAGCCUUAUCCCAAGCUAUAUAAGAGACUCCACUGUAGCUGUGGUGGUGUAUGACAUCACAAAUGUGAAUUCAUUCCAACAAACUUCCAAAUGGAUCGAUGAUGUGAGAACGGAGAGAGGAAGUGAUGUCAUCAUCAUGCUGGUGGGCAACAAAACAGAUCUGGCAGAUAAGAGGCAAAUCACGAUUGAAGAAGGCGAGCAGCGGGCCAAAGAGCUGAGUGUGAUGUUUAUCGAGACCAGUGCCAAGACGGGCUACAACGUCAAACAGCUGUUUCGACGUGUGGCAGCUGCCCUUCCAGGAAUGGAGAGCAUGCAGGAGACAAGCAAAGAGGGCAUGAUUGACAUUAAACUGGACAAACCACAGGAACCUCCAACUACUGAGGGCGGAUGUUCCUGUUAAUAGCUCACAUCUGAUUUACAGCAUCAUCUACACACCACAUGCUUGUUGUGUUGCUUCCUUUUGGUUGGCUUCCAGUUGUGUUUUCAGAUUGGAUAUUUGGCCUUCCCAUCUGACUUUUAGUAACUGGUUGGUAUCAGUGUUACAUCAGUUUCAAUUGUAAAAUAGUACCUAUACUUUAGUAACAAAAUUGCCAAAAAUCCUAAAAAUUCGAAAAGUGAAGGGCAAAAAUCAAUAAAAAUGUCAACUAUGUCCAACAUGUAUACUUUUUGAAAAUGUAGAGACGUAGAUUUUUUUUCUUUGUUUUGUAUUUUUGUAUACAAGGAUGAGCACUAAAACAGAUGCAGACAAGAAAUUAUAAUUUUGCCAUAAAAAGCAGGAUUAGAGCAAAGAGUUCAUAAGCAAGAAGGAAAUUCAAACAACGGAUAACCCAGAAAAUACAGCAAACAUGCAUGUUAGCCAUUUUUAAAAGUAUCAUCUCAAUCCUGCUGGCUACCGUGCACAAGUUUUUGUGACUCAACGCACUUCAUUAAAUCAACUUAUUUUAGCCUCUUUUUUUUCUUGCUGUGACACAGAACUUGUUAUUUUAAGUGUCAGGACAGGUUUUUGUUUAUGUGUGUUUGUGAACGUGUCAUUGCAGAUCUCCUGAAACCUUGCCACAUUCUGUGUGAUUUUUUUUAUUGUUUAUGUACAGUUCAAGUUUUAAUUACACAGUUUAUUUAAUGUUUCCAGCAUUUAUUUUCUUUAUAAUUUCCCGUUCGCACUAAAAGCAAACAGCUUGUGCAAACAACCUGAUAACAAGGAAGGAUCCGCUUUCUUCUGUAGAAUGUUUGUCAGUCAUUUAUAGCGUACUGCAGAUAGUCACAAGACUAUGAACGUGACAGAGGAGCAAAUCAUGCACAACUAAACUUGGUCAUUCAUAUUUAAUUGAUUGGAAUAAUUUGUUUGCACGCUGAUUGAUCAAACAGUCCAAUUCUAUUGUAAAUAUAUCAGCUGUCAUUUUCAAACAGGCUUUAAUAUCAGAAAUGCAAAGAUGGGACGUUCCUCUGAAAAUAACUAUAGUUCACUUUAAAGAAUUAGCAUUAUGCAGCAUUAUAGUGUUUGCCUUGUGUAGGAACCCACUCAUGUCUACAGCUGCUCUUUGGGCCAGUAAAUUGUAGUGCACUGACCAGGGGGGAGACACAUUGUGUAGUAUAUCAGUUUAUUUGAAUUGUAUUUCAUGUGAAUCCUUAAUGCACUUUUUCAAGAAAGAAAGUUGUAAAUGUUUCAAAAUUGCUGUCAAAUGUCUGUCCUUGAAACCACUUUAGAGUUCAAACUGUAGCGUAAAUCUCUCGAGGGUCACUGUACAGAUAACCUAUUUGUAAAGUUGAUUCACAUACCGCCAGACACAAGUCAUGUCUAGCUAUUUGUGAUGCAUAGGAAAUGAGAAUGAGCACAUGACAUAAGAAUCAGAAAACAAUAAAAAUGUUAAAAUGCCAGUUUAUUCUUAUUAAAUCCAGCAGCUUUUAUUUGGAAUAUGGUAAACUACACUGUAAUUGACUGAAUCAUUCAGCACUGACUCAUUAAAACCUUUGCUUCCUGCUUAUGGAUAGUCUGGAGAUUUAAAGGGAAAAUCAGAUUUGUCUGUGCCAAUGCCUUCUCAGAUCACAGAGAGGUGCAGAAGGACGUCACUUAGCAUAAGCUGGAUGGGGGUUGAUUAAUGAUUUAUGAAGUUUUGUUAACGUUUUGUUUUCUUCACUUCUGAAAAGAAGUUCUCAUUUGAAUUGAAUAGGGUGCAGACAUGCUCCCUGUAUGGAAUCAUAUCAUCAGUGUACCUGUAAUACCAGUAGUCAUUGUGAUUGACACAACGCUACAUCAGCCUUGGGUGAAUGUCUGUGCGUGAGUUGAGUUAAUGCUUUUAAGGGUGCAACCAUUCCCUGUGUAUAUGUUUUAGCUCAGUGGAGCCAGCCUGAUUGAUUCAGAGCUAGCUUUACCAUUCACACUGUAUAGAAAUCUAGCAUGUCGGUCCAAAUCAGUAAAAUCAAUAAAAGUGUCUUAUUACCAAAAAAGUGAA